AUGGACUCCGCGUCGCCCCACUCUGACGACGCACCCCAGGGACCCGCUGCCGGCUCCCCGUCCGACUUCCUCAAGAACAUCGUCGGAAAGAAGGUCAAGGUCCGCAUUGGAAGCGGCAUCGAUUACCACGGACUGCUCACCUGCCUCGAUGGCUACAUGAACGUUGCGCUUGAGGAGACCGAGGAGUGGGCCCAGGGACGGUUGAUCGCCAAGUACGGCGACACCUUCCUUCGCGGCAACAACGUGCUGUACAUCUCCGCUCUCGAGGACUUCUAA